GUCAAAGGGCGCUGCUUGGCGCCUGCGCAGAGAGGCGCCGGCGGCACGAUGGCGCAGGACAAAGAGAAGAAGAAGAAGGAGAGCAUCUUGGAUCUGUCCAAAUAUAUUGACAAGACGAUCCGGGUGAAGUUCCAGGGGGGCCGCGAAGCCAGUGGAAUCCUGAAGGGCUUCGACCCAUUGCUCAACCUGGUGCUGGACGGGACCAUCGAGUACAUGCGAGACCCCGACGACCAGUACAAGCUGACAGAGGACACGCGGCAGCUGGGCCUGGUGGUGUGCCGUGGCACGUCGGUGGUGCUCAUCUGCCCGCAGGACGGCAUGGAAGCCAUCCCCAACCCCUUCAUCCAGCAGCAGGAUGCCUAGCCGGCUUCAGGCUCGGGGCACAGCGGCUGCCUUUUUGUAUAGGUUGAAUUAUUGUUUUCUUAAUAAAACUGCAAACCCCAAGCAUUCCCACCCUGGCUCUUGCUUCCC